AUGUCUUCCGUCGCCGCGGAUUGGACCGGCGUCCUCAUCAACUUCUGCAACCUCGCCGUCAACGUCCUUCGCCUCCUCGGAGAGGAACCAGUCCGAAGAUGGUUCCGCCAACGCUCCGCCCGGCCAACGACAGGAAGCGGAGAUACCGAGAUGGGCCAGAGGGGCGAUUUUGAUGAGGUGCUUCAUCUUUCUACCCUCCCCAACGACACGCCUGCUGGAGAUGCCCUCUUCGCCUGGACCCGGUUCAACAAGAUUGGCAACCGAGAGAGGUACAUGAACUGCGCUGGUAAAAGGAGGCCCAGCAGAAAUAGUGGUUAG